UAAGCUUGCAGAAUGCAUGUUUUCGUCAACCAAAGCAGCUUAGCUCCCUCUAUUUCUCACAGCAAAGCACCUUCUGUUGUUCCAACAAUCCACACAGAAGUUCUAAGGCAAAAGGCUAGAAGUGAAUCUUCUUCAUUCCCUAUUUAUCAAAUAUGAAGAAUUUUCCUCAGGAACAAGUUUUUGGAGUUCCAAACACAACAUCAGCAAAACCAGUUCAGAAAAUGCCAAGAUUUUUACUUGAAAAUGCUUCCCAAUGUUAUGUUCCAACUCCUGCAAAUAAAUCUCUCACGGUCAAGCAUGAUAAAGUAGACUCGGUGCUUAAAAGGAUGAACAAACUAGGGAAAAAAGCUGACAAAUUUGCACAUGGCAUCCGAGAGCAUGUGAGACUGGGGACCAAGAUCACUGAAACUCUGAAGGGGAAGCUCAGCUUGGGAGCUAGAAUUCUCCAAGUAGGAGGAGUGAAGAAAGUUUUUAGGCAGUUAUUUAGUGUGAGAGAAGGAGAGAGAUUGUUGAAGGCUUGCCAAUGUUAUUUGUCAACCACAGCCGGCCCUAUUGCAGGAUUGCUCUUUAUCUCGACAGACAAGAUUGCCUUCUGCAGUGAGAGAGCAAUUAAAUUGUCUUCUUCAGAAGGAAAAAUGGUCAGAAUCCAUUACAAGGUCUUGAUCCCGCUAAGAAAGAUAAAGACUGUGAACCAAAGUGAAAAUGUGAAGAAGCCAUCACAAAAGUACAUAGAAAUAGUAACUGUUGAUGAUUUUGAUUUCUGGUUUAUGGGUUUCUUAAAUUAUCAGAAAGCUUUCAAUUGUCUUCAGCAAGCAAUAUCACAAGUUUGGAUGAAUACAAGUCAUCCAAAUGUCUAAACAAAGCUUACUUCUUUUCUUCAUCAGAUGUAACUAAACGGCAUGAUGACAUGUCAACGAAAACAGUUGACCAUAAAAAUUGUACAAAGUUUCUUUUCAAUGAGAAUGGUUUGUGAUUUUCAACUUCCA